UUUUGGGAUGACCAACUAACUGGUGAGGAGAUGGAUCUAAUUUGUGGAUCAUACGAGGUUGCAACAGGUUUCGUUUCAAAGGAGGGUAAACAACAGAUGGCGAUAAAGUCUUGGUGGCCUCGUUCAGGUUCCUGGAGAUCUUGUGGUCUCAAUUGUGGAUAUUGGUCGAGAGAUGCAGAAGAUUGGUUCCGAAACCGUUUGGACCAAAUC